CUCUGCCUCACCGCGGGGCGGAGGGGCGGGAGGCCGGCGGGGAAGCGCUGCCCGGCCCCUCCGGUGUCCCGGCACCCCCCGCCUCCGCCAUUUUGGGGCGCCGGCGGAGGAGCGGGCGCCUCCGGCUCAUGGCGCCUCCCGCCCCGCAGCGCCCGGAGCCGCCCCUCGGGCCGCUGCUCUGCCCUCCCUGCGGCGCUGCGGGCGGGCAGCCAAGGCAGCCGAAGCGCCGGUGCCGGGGAAGGGCACUGCGUUGGGCAGUGCUACCAGCUGUCGCUCUGCCAAGGCUCCGGGUGCCCGGUACCUCCGCGGGGUCUGUGGCCGUCUCCUUAACCCCGUUCUGGUGUUUCGGUUCACCUUGGGAGCUGGGCAGCCCUUGGAUUUGGGCCUUGCUUUGGUGCCGCCGGUGUGUGUGUGGAGCCCGUGGCUGGCCACCUGUCCGCACGGCAGGUCGGCUGUUCCAUCGGCAAGGGACAACGCUGCUGUGCAAGGCCAGUGCCAGCUCCUGGGAGGCAGGGAAGGAAAGCCCUUGCCUUACCGUGUUUGUAUCGAUACGAGUCACCUUUCACUGGAUCCCAGAGAACUGGUACCUCCCAACAGUGGCAGAAAUGCAGGGCGUGAAAGAAUGGCACUAAGAAGUUCUGGGAUUUUAUGAGGACACAUGACAGUGUGUCAAUCCUGAUCUUCAAUACUUCUCGGCAGUGCUUUGUUGUGGUCAAGCAGUUCCGCCCAGCUGUUUACAUGUGUGAAGUAGAAAGGCAUCAUCCUCAAGUCUUUCAGAAUCAGGACGAGGAGAGCUCCUCUUGUCUGGAGGAUCCCUUACCUGCUGUGGUAGGAGUGACAUAUGAACUCUGUGCUGGCAUCGUAGACAAACCAGACCUCUCUUUAGAAGAAAUUGCAUGUGGGGAAGUCUUAGAAGAGUGUGGCUAUCGUGUUCCUGUGACAGACCUGAGGAGGAUCACUUCUUACAGGUCUGGAGUUGGUGUGACAGGUUCUAGGCAGACAUUAUUUUAUGCAGAAGUAACAGACCAGAUGAGAACUGGUGAAGGAGGUGGCCAGCCUGAAGAAGGAGAGCUGAUUGAAGUUGUAGAAAUACCCUUAGAAGACUCCAUGAAGUUUGCUUAUGAUGAGACUUUCCCGAAGACAAUGGGUGUCAUCUUCAGCUUCAUGUGGUUCCAAAACAACAUAGCACCAAAGCUACCAAAAAAAUAAAAUCAAAGCACCAUGAUUUUAAGAAAAGCUUUUGUGAUGGUUCUGUGGAUACAGAAAACUGCAAAUCUGCCUGCCUCAACUCAACUUUUCACAGACCAAAUCUUUCUUGAAAUAAAUUUGGAAGUAAAAUCUGAACUGAAAUCCUGACCCAAUUUCCAUCAUUAGUAAAACACUUGCUGGCUUUGAUGGAGCCAGGAUUUGCCUCUGAGAGGCAAAUGUUGAUUUUCACACAAAGGCUGAGUAAAUGUGUCCAGUCCUCCUUUUCCAGGGCACUGCUCUACCACCGUUUUGAAGAGUUGCUCAGGACCUCAGUGCAGCUGCUGUACCAGCCUGUCACUGUGGUCUGCACUUUCUGGCAGCUGUGUAUUCUCUCUACUUUCUCAUAUUUUUGGGGGGAGGCAGCAAACCUUAAUAGUCACAGAUACCCCAACUACACUUCUGAGUUCUGUAGCACAGCUUCCAGGGAGCAGCUUUCUCUAUGGUGUGUAGCUCCUGUACAGAGAGAACGUUUGCAUUUCUGAACAUGCAAACCUUUAUUUCAAAAGCAAACAUGUCUGUAAAUCCCUCUGCUAAUGUGUCAUGUUGACAAUAGACCAGCUGUAAGAUGAUGUGCUUCUGCUUGUUGCCACUAUAAUGCUGAGCAGCAGUGGUGGUGAUGGAGGGAUGAAUGAUAGGAGCUUCUAUAGAAACACAUGCUGCUUUGUUUGUUUUACGGGUAAUACUUGAUUAAUUAAAUCUAACUUUGUCCUCUAGAGCGGGACUCAAGAGGCCAAAUUAUUUUCCUUUGACUCUGGGGUGACUAAUACAAGUGAUUUCUCUGAGGUGUUCUGUGGUCUGUUGCUUUAUCACCCAAAUGGGAAGAAUGGGACUUACCCCUCAGACAACGUUCCUUGAAAUCUAAUGAUCGGAAGUGCUUUAUUGAGAGAUUUUAUCAUCAUUGGUGCAGUUUACACUGAAGCCUGUACAACCUGCACAGACACACUGAGCAACACAAUUUGAUUUAAUAAAGUGGUCUAAUUAGAAUGUAUGUUAUUUGUUCUAUCAGCAUAGUUUAGAUGUGGACUAUUUGUCAUGGGAAACUGUUAAGAGCAUGAAUGAAAGAGAAUCAAGUCUGGCAAUUUAAUUAUGCACUGGUUUAUGUUAUUCACUGAGUUAAUGUCAAUUAACAUGACUACAUUAUAUGUGCUUCUAGGAUUACUGAGGUACUAAGUAUGUUUAGAAGAGGAGUACUGCAAAUAUUUAAACUUCCAUAAAGCAACUGGAAUAAGUGCAGUACAGAUGCAUGAUGAUAUCCAGUGGCUCAUUUAAAAUCACUGCAUAUCUAAAUAGGUGUAUAAAUAAAUAAUUUUUUAUAAAUUGUAUUUAGAACUGAUACUUGCUGGUUUUCCUACUGACAGGGAGGAAAGAUCCUUGGAAAGCCACUUCAGAAAGAGCAGCCUUUGUGGGAGUCAGACACCUUUUGUGAAAGUUCAGACUCAUUUGUGUUGAACUGUGCCUGGUCUGUGGUGAGCCAAGGGCUGAGUUGUCAUGAAACGUAAAUAGGUUUUGUCUGUCUGUUGUAUUUACAUUGGAAGGUGUUUUAAGGUGGGGUCUCUGCUUCUCUGUGUCUUUACAGUGUUGAGUACAAUGUGUCCUGAUUGCUGCAGAGACCUUUACAAGCUACUUCAGUAUGUAUAAUAAAUGUCUGUUAUUCCAGGCUGUAAUUACUAAA